CUGUCGCUGGAGGGGGCCAUCGCCCAGAGGCUGCGGCAGCUGCAGGGCUGCCCCCAGACACCUGCGCCCGCCCCCUGCCUGUGGCCCCAGCUGGAGCUCCACCCUGGGCUCCUGGAUAAGAACUGCCACCUGCUUCGGCUCUCGUUCGAGGAGCAGCAGCCCCGGAAGGACGCUGGGAAAGACCGAGCCGGUAGCCAGGGAGGCGAGGAGACCCAGAGCCAGGAGGAGGAUGUGGCCAAGGUCGAGAGACAGAGCGGGGCCCAGCCCCAGGGCAGGGACGGAGCCCAGACCCCGAAAGAGGAUAACGCCCCAAUGCCCCGAGAAGACGGGGCUCAGACCCGGGACGAGGAGCAAGCCCCAACGCCCCGAGAAGACGUAGGAUCCCAGACCCAGAGGGGAGGCAGAUCCAACAAGAAGAGGAAGUUCAAAGGCAGAUUCAAGUCCAUUUCCCGGGAGUCCAGCCCCGCCCCUGGGCCAAACCUGGAAGGCUCUGGCCUCCUCCCCAGGCCCUUCUUUUCCUGCAGCUUCCCCACUCGCAUGCCUGGAGAUAAGCGGUCCCCCCGGAUCACUGGGCUCUGUCCCUUUGGCCUCCGGGAGAUCCUGGUGGCCGACGAGCAGAACCGGGCGCUGAAACGCUUCUCCCUCAACGGCGACUACAAGGGCGCGGUGCCGGUCCCCGAGGGCUGCUCCCCUUGCAGCGUGGCUGCUCUGCAGGGCGCCGUGGCCUUCUCGGCUGGCGCCCGGCUCUAUCUCAUCAGCCCCGACGGCGAGGUGCAGUGGCGCCGGGCCCUGAGCCUCUCCCAGGCCAGCCACGCGGUGGCCGCCCUGCCCAGCGGGGACCGCGUGGCCGUCAGUGUGGCGGGCCACGUGGAGGUGUACAACAUGGAGGGCAGCCUGGCCACCCGCUUCAUCCCCGGGGGCAAGGCCAGCCGGGGCCAGCGGGCGCUGGUCUUCCUGACCACCAGCCCCCAGGGCAAUUUUGUGGGGUCGGACUGGCAGCAGAAUAGCGUGGUGGUCUGCGACGGGCUGGGCCAGGUGAUGGGGGAGUACCGGGGCCCGGGCCUGCACGGCUGCCAGCCUGGCUCCGUGUCUGUGGAUAAGAAAGGCUACAUCUUUCUGACCCUUCGCGAGGUCAACAAGGUGGUGAUCCUGGACCCGAAGGGGUCCCUUCUUGGAGACUUUCUGACCGCCUACCAUGGCCUGGAAAAGCCCCGGGUGACCACCAUGGUGGAUGGCAGGUACCUGGUUGUCUCCCUCAGUAACGGGACCAUCCAUGUCUUUCGGGUCCGUUCUCCUGACAGUUGAGGAGGCUAAGACAGGGGGAGAGGGGAGCGGGGAGGGGGGAG